CGCUACUACAUGAACAAGGUCAUUCUGAUCGGCAACGUCGGUGCUGAUCCCCAGGAGACUACGUUUGAGAACGGCAACAAGCUAGCGUCGUUCCCGCUGGCGACCUCUCGGCGGUACAAGGACAAGGAAGGCAACCUCCUCGAGCACACCUCGUGGCACCGGAUCCGCUUCACUGGCAAUAAUGCUGACAAGGUGAUGCGCGUGGUGAAGAAGAGCGCGCUGGUGCAGCUUGAGGGAUCGAUCCGCUACGACACAUACACAAACAAGGACAAUGUCGAGGUCAACUCGACCACCAUCAGCGGCGAUAACUUCAAGAUCCUG